AUGUCGCGCCCGCAGGUCAGUAUCGACCGCCUGACGCCGCGCCGCGCGACGGUUGAACCGCGCGAGGCCAUGAACUGCAAGUCCUGUCGCAAACGAAAGGUGAGACCAUCUCCCCCCAAUGCCAUUCCUAAAAAGCGCGGCCCCAAAACGGACGUCCUCGAGGCCCUUCUCAAACGUGUCGAUGGGCUGGAAAAGAGACUCCAGGAUGAGAAAAAUCCCAUCUCCCCCACCUCCCCGGACAAGCAGCAACCCGACGAUCUCCCGCUCGGACAGCCGCAGAGCGCCGCCCGUCGCAACACCGUCGAUGCCUCUGCGUUCAAUCCGUAUUCGACGAGUGACUCGCGACCGACCCUGUCUUCGAGUUUGUCGCAAAACUCCGACUCUUUCUCCAGAUUGACCGGUCAUGACCCCUCCCCGGGUUUACCCCCGCAAUCGGCUCCGCAGAAUGGCGCCCUCUCCGACGUUUUGCUCGACGCGUAUUUCGCGCGAUUACAUGGGAAGCCAUUCUAUAUCUUGGAUGAGGCGGGGACUCGACAGCGCCAUCAGUUGAAUCAAUUACCCGUGCAUUUGGCCAUGGCGAUAUCGGCCAUGACGCUAAGGUAUACUCACGUUGGACAACCGGAGCAGUCCUUGCGUAUCGGUCUGGAUGCGGCUCUACAAGCUCGACGGAUGAUCGAUGUGGAUAAUCCCACGAUAGACGGGUUACAGUCUUUGCUGUUACUUUCUCAGGCCUUUUUCGCCUACGGACUGGGCAAGAAGGCGUAUAUGACAUUCUCAAACUGCGCGGCCAUGGCUGUGGCUCUGGAGCUACUACGAGAAAUGCCAUCCAAAGCCAAUAUCUCUGCGCCCGAGCGUGAAACCCGCCGCCGAUUAUUCUGGUCCGUCUACCUGAUGGAUCGCUUCAUUACCUGCGGAUCCAAGCGCCCAUGUCUGAUCGCCGACCACUCCAUCGUCUUGCGCCUCCCAUCUUGGUCCCCCCAUGCAGCCGGUCUCAAUAUGGAGGGCGAGCUGUUCCACGUCGGUCCGAACAUUCAAUACUCGGCCGAUUCACGCCGGAAAGCACCUAGUGCGGCGUCCUUGUUGAUCGAUAUCACCCGGAUUCUGGGAGUCACCAACCGGUAUCUGGCUGCGGGUGGUGUCAAGGGAGACUCGCAUUUCCCAUGGCAUGCGCUUUCGAAUUUGUCCAAAAUUCGACAGGAACUGGACAUCUGGGCGGCAGGAACACAGGAUGUCUUUGCUUCGAUCGAGGCAUUAUUCGGUCAUCCUGAGAGCACGACGCUACUCUUGAGUAAACUGAUCUAUCAUUUGGUGCACUGUUUGAUAUACCGGCCCUUCUUGCCCAUCGAUCUCGUGGAAUUGAGAGGCACGGGUCAGCAUCAAUCCUGGCAGAUCGAGGCAACGAACCUCUGCUUUUCACAUUCCAACGCGAUCGCAGAACUCGUCGAGCUGGGCCGGAAUUCCCCGCUGGUCGAGUGGCCUGCUUUCGUGGGGUAUUGCGUAUGCACGGCGGGUACUGUGCAUGUUCAUGGAGUACACUACAAAGGUCGUGAAGGUGAGGUCUUCUCGUCGAGUGCUGAAUUCCUCACCCGCGAGAUGCACCAGCUGGCCUGGUUGCGGAAUUCCUGGGCUGGUGUCCAGCAUCAGCGGGAGCUACUUCAAACGAUAUAUACCUGUCAUGCAGAGCUGGUGCGGAAUCUGGCGAGCAGUUCGAUGCGUUUCUCGCCCGUUUUCCAUCUAGAGGAUUUCCUAGAUCGGUAUCCUGGUCUCACGGUGGAUGGUGCUCAUGUGCGGUUGGUUGAUACGGGGGAUGAACUGGUGGCGAGUCCUGCUGGCUACGUCGACCAACAAGCCCAGUUCUACCGUCCAAUGGCACCACCCUCAUACCAACCCCAAACCGCCUUCUACGGCAAUCUUCGUCCAACACCCUCACCCCUUCCAUCCUCUCAAACCCCCGACUCCGACCGUCGCAACUCCCACUCCCACUCUCAUGCAAACAAACAUCAAUCGAACAACCCCCUCUCUCCAGCCCUCCACUUCCACCAACAAACCCAACCCUCUCCAUCUCUCUCCUCCAUCUUCCCCAUCCAAUCCGCCUCCGACCAACUCUCCCAAUCAACAUCCCAACCCACCCAAGAAAACAACCACCUCUCUCUACCCAGCGCCUUCUCCCCAAGCGCUUUCGGCCUCUCCCCACCAGCCUUCCUGACAGACCCAUCCCUCGCCAUCGCCCCAACACCCCCAUCAAACCCGCAAUACGCAACUUUCCCCUUCGACACGGCGGCCACUACUCAAUCCGGCGCUGCACUUACCCCCGGCGCGCAGUCGCAGACUAGCGGCUCGCAUACGGCGAGUAGUGAAACGGGGACGGGUAGUUUGGAGAAAGAUCCGUUUUUGAGUCUUUUGGAGCAGUUGGCCGAGAAUGAACAUUCGCAGGGUGGUCCUAGUGAAUUGGAUUUCUUUUUGACCGGGGCUGUGGAUGGGGAGGGGGAUGUUAAUGUUAAUGUUAAGGUUGGGGAUGAGUCAUUGGGUAGCAAGCUGAUGACAUCUACAUAUGCGGUAUAUGGCAAGGCCCUUAAAAAAGAAUAG